CAUAUUGUCUGUGAUUUAAAAACUAACCUAAAAAUUUAUCAUGUGUAUGUAUUUACGUUUUUAAAAUUUUAUAAAAAUACAUUUAAAUUCUGCAAACAAUGUCUUCGCACACACGAUUGUUUGUAGGAAACGUACCUGAAAAUGCUACUCAGGAUGAUCUACUCAAAGCUUUUUCAUCGUAUGGACAAUUAAUAAUCAAUGUGGAUCUUAAAAACAAGUCCAACACUGAAAGUGAUCAAAAGAAAUUUGCAUUUAUUACCCUAUCUGCAUCAAAUUAUGAAGUUGAGUCCUGUAUAAAGCAUUUUUCUAAUGGAGACUUUGGUGGCAGUCGACUUUAUGUUACAAGAGCAAGAGAAAGUUUCUUGGAAAGGCUACAGAGAGAGAGAAGUGAAGCACAGAGAAAAGAAACUGAAAAGCAAGAUCAAGUAGAAGAUCUACCAAAAAAGAAUCCUGUUAUAAAAUUAGGUGACAAACUAAAUCCAAGAAAAAGGAAAUUGGAUCACACAUCAAGUGAAAAUAACAAAGCAUUAAAGGUAUUAAAACCAUAUGAGAAGAAGAAGAAUCAAUUGCAUGAAGACCUCCAAAAUGGCGAUAAUACAAAUAAAGACAGCAACAUUGAUGAAAAUGACAAAAAGAAGAAAGAUUCAGACAAGAAGAGGAUGGAGUCACUCAAAAAGAAAAGACAAGAGUUCAAACAAAAACAAAUGAUAAUAAAAACUGGCUUAAUUGGAGUUGAUAAAGCUCCCAACAAAAAAGUUAUAUUCUCAGAUAAUGAAGAAGAAACAGAAUCCAAGAUAGUAAAUGGAAAAGAAAAUAUGAAGACUUCAAAAUCAACUGACCAAAAGAAUACAUUAUUUGAUGACGAUGACAGUGGAGAUGAAGUUAACUUUGAGAUUAAAAAACAGUUUGAGGGCAAAAAGGGACAAAAGGUUUUAGAUUUACAAUCAAGAUACAAAUCUGAUAAACGUUUCAUCUUAGAUGAGAGGUUCAUUGAAGAUGACCAAUCGGAAGAGGAAGGCGGGCAAGGCAAACCAGACGAAGAAGAAAGGAUAGAUUUAAACAAUGCAGAUGAAAAAACAAAGCAGCUCAAUAUUUUACAAGAUGUCCUUGGUGUAUCUAUCAAAGCAAGACCAACUGAUAAUGAUUCACGUAAAAUUAAAACAAAAUUGGGAAUGCUUCGUUUUGAUCCAUCUCAGCCAGAACAUGCAAAAUUCUUAGCACCUGUGGAAGAGACUAAAGAACCUGCAAAAAAAUCGAAAAAGAAGUUAAAGGAUAAACAGGAGGAGCAGAAAACAGAAACCGUUGAAACUGAAGUGGACAAAAUUGAGGUGUCAAAGGAGCAGUUUUAUAAAGUUACUGAGACCCUAAAAGAAGCUCUAGUUCAACCAACCACUUUCAGCUUACGUAGUUUAUUUGGACAGAAUGAAGAGACAGAGAAAGAAGCUCCUGAUCAGAAUACAGAUUACAUAGCAAUAGAAAAACCAAAGGUACCAAAAGUAAAGAAUCCUCUAGAUCCAAGUGGCAAAAAGAAUCCAUUUGUAUAUGACUCUUCAGACUCUGAAGAUGAGGAAGUUAGCAAAGACAAGAAACAGGAGACUUUACAAGAAACAAAAAUAGAAACAGCAGAACCCAAAGCUGUUUGGAGAGAAAACCUGUUUUUCUCAACGUCUGAUAGCAGAUUGCAAGAUGGUUUAGCAUUCUUUAACAAAACAGAAACCAAUGAACCUCAUAAGGAAAGAAGGGAAUUGAAAUCAGUAAUGAAGAAAAGAAUAUACAACAAAGAAAGGAAGAACCAAAUGUUCCAGAAGAAAAUUGGAGGAAGAAAGAAAUCCCUUAAAAAGAGUUACAGGAUAAAAAGCUAGCAAAUGUGGGUUGAUUCUUGAUUUAUAAUAAUAAAAAAAUGUA